AUGGGUCGUAAUAGCCACUGCACCGAAGUAGAGCGUCAAUUGGUGAAGAAACUUCGUGCGGAAGGGAAAACGUAUCGCUACAUUGCCAAUACAUUGGGACGGUCGGAAAACUUUGUUGCGAACUCUUUAAAAAAGAAGUGUGAGAAAGAAAAUCGUGGACGGCCAAGAUUGACGUGCCCGGCAGAGGAACGCCGUGUAGUUCUUAUGGCCAAAAAGGAUCCUUUUGUGUCUUCGCGACAAAUUGCAGCAGAAAUGGGAUUGAAUAUAAGCUCGCGGGCAAUACGACGACGCUUAGUGGACGCUAAUCUACCAGGACGAAAAGCUAGAAGAGUUCCACUUCUACGGAAGGUGCACAUACAGAGAAGAAAAGCAUUUGCUAAUGAGCACAGAGAUUGGUGUGGUCCUACUGGAGCAAAAAGUGGCGAAAUAUUUUAUUUAGUGACUAAGUAA